AUUAAUUCAAAAUAAUUCUUAGCCAGGCACAGUUUUGCUCUGGAUUUCAACUGAACAACAAUUCAUUUACAAAAAAUUCUGCUAAAUUUUAGAAAAAGAUUAACAGCUGAGAAAUGAAAUUGAAAUUAGGGUUUGUGAUUUACUUCUUUUUAUUCAUUACAACAGGAUCAUUUAUCAAAGCAGAAAAUGUGACGGAAUCAACUGAAAGCACGACGACGGAAGCGAUUCCGCCGCCGCCUCCAGAGGAAGCCGCCGACGAGGAAAGAUUGUUGGCGGACAAAAAAGCUGGACUUACCUUUCUGGAUCAAGUGCUGUCCCUGACGACCAACAACACUUCAGCCUCAGUGCAAAAUCGCUUCGGUGGAGAUGCUUCAACCUCGGGAAGGGCGAAUGGCAGUGGCACCACCCUGAGCCUCGACCUGACAGAUCCUGCGCAGCGGUCGCAAUUCCUGGAGGAAUUGAUGGCUCCUGGCACGAGUGGUAGUUACGCGACCAGCAACUCAUACCAGCAGUUUGGCAAGACGGUAAACUACGCGAUCUCAUUGUCCUACGCGCCCUUGCAGCCCAAUGUUGCGGCCAACAUUCGGCAGGGUGGCGAAAUCACGACCACGACCGAGAGUACUCCUGUCGCAACCCCAAAAACAGCAGGAGAAGGACUGGAAGGCCGGUGGGGUUUUGGAAAGGAGCCGUGGCCCGCCUGGAGGGGACAUUCUUAUUAUUACCCUUAUUACUACAUUCGCAACAGACCCUCGUUUUAUUACCCGGCUUUAGAUCAUUGAAAUUUUUUAUUAUAAUUAAAAUAAAAAUUACGCAAGUUUAGAUUAUUUAUAUCG